AACCACAGAACGAUGCUUCCUACUUGUGAGUAGGUGAUGGAGCAAUUUUUAAACUAUUCUAUGGAAUACUGUGUUCAGCUGUCCGGUUAGAUGGGUCUGCAGCCCCUCGAGUUUGCUGACUGUCUAGCAGACAGUCCCUAUUUUAGGGAAAAACUUCAUGAACACGAAAGGGAGCUCGAAAGUACAAGUAAAGGAAUUAAAAGUCUAAUAGCUCAUGGUAAACAAGUGUUCGAUGCUGCUAAAAAUCUGUCUCGUGCCCAGAAGACAUUUGCAGAGGAUUUGAAGAAUUUCAAUUUUGAGUGCAUCGGCUCACAGCAGACUGACGAUGAGCGAGUUAUCGCCCAGUCACUCAAGGAGUUCGGGAGGCUGCUCUUCUCCAUUGAAGAGGAGCGUGAGAAACUCCUUGAGACUGCAACAGACCAGUUCCUUAAACCGUUGGAAAAUUUCCGCAAAGAAAAGAUCGGUCAAGUCAAGGAGGGCAAGAAAAUGUUUGACAAGCAGACAACAAAAUAUUGCCAGUCCCUGGAGAGGUAUCUCAAUAUGAAGACGAAAGUGAAUGAGUCCAUUCUUCAGGAGGCUGAUGCAUCUCUGGAGAUGGAGAGGCGGGGCUUCUACCAGGCGUCCAUGAAGUACGUGCUGCAGCUCCAGGAGGUUCAAGAAAAGAAGAAGUUUGAGUUUGUGGAAAUUCUUCUCACCUUCAUGUACAGUUGGCUGACAUUUUACCAUCAAGGUCAUGAGGCUGCUGGAGAGUUUAAGCCCUACAUGAUUGACCUACAAAUGAGACUCCAAAAGACUCGUGGAAACUUCGAGAGCACGAGCAACCAAGCUGAAGAGUUGAUGAACAAGAUGCUGGAGGUCCGUGGCACGUAUUUGAACAGAUGUCUUGAGAGGAUUCAAAUGCCUAGGCCCAUAGAGUCAUCCGGGACCAUGCGAGGAUUUACACGCCAGGGGUACCUGUAUCUCUUGGAGAAAAAGGCUCUGGGAACAACAUGGACCAAAUACUACUGCCAGUACAAGAAGGAGACCAAGGAAUUCUACAUGAUCCUGUACAACCAGAUGGGGGGCAAGAUGAGUACUCCCGACCGCUAUGUCCUUGACUCCUGUGUCAGACGUGCCUCAGAUUCCAUAGAGAAACGUUUCUGCUUUGAUCUAACAGUGAAAGAAAAAAAUGUGACCAUGACUUUCCAGUGUUUGUCAGAAGAAGAUAGGAAGGCCUGGAUGAGUGCUAUGGAUGGGAAGGAACCGGUGUACCAUGCCCCGAAAGCAAGAAAUGAAGAAGCCUUCCUAGACGAUGUUGGUUUCACAUUUGUGAAGAGAUGUCUGGCAGCGGUUGAAACGAGGGGUCUUCAGGAACAGGGGCUGUACAGAGUGGUGGGCGUCAACUCUAAAGUCAAUAGGCUAAUACAGAUGGGUUUAGACAGGAGGAAAUCAGACAAGAUACAGCUGGAUGAUCCUACUACUUGGGAAACCAAGACAAUCACUAGUGCUGUGAAAAAUUACCUCAGGUCUCUACCCGAACCACUGAUGUCUUUCAAGCUUCAUGAAGAGUUUAUCAAAGCAGCAAAGCAAGAGUCAAAGACAUUGAGAAUUCUGGAUAUUCACAAGUUGGUUCAUCAGCUGCCCGAGUCAAACUUUGAUAUGUUGGACCUGCUUCUAAAACAUUUGCAUAGAGUGGCCAAUGAACAUGAAAGGAAUAAAAUGACCGUGGCCAAUUUGGGAGUUUGUUUUGGGCCAACGCUGAUGCGACCAGAAGAAGAGACGAUGGCAGCCAUCAUGGAUAUCAAGUUCUGCAACAUCGUUGUGGAAAUACUCAUCCAUAACUAUGAUAAGAUAUUUAACAAUGCACCAGAGGACUGUGAAGAUUUGUGCAAUGUAAGAGUUCUCCCCAAACAUAAUCAGGCUAUGAGCAAUCACCGUGGCAACACAAGUCCACGAUCACCCGCUGCCAUCAUGUCCACCUCCUCAACCCCAGUAUUAACCCAAGAUGGUGGCGGCAGCGGCGGGGUGGCGGCAGCCCAGGCUCCGGUGCACCCUGCUUCUGCUCCAAGAGCGUCAAGAUUUAUACGUCCGACACAGGUAUUCAACCAUCAAACUGGAGACCAGGUUGACGCCUGUCCAAGUCCCACUGGUUUUGAGACACACAGUAGUACAUCAAGCAGUUCGGACUCCCUCAACUCCUCGAGGGUGAUGUCUCAACAGCUCCCCUCGGGCCGAGGGGGUCCUCAAAACCCCUCCCAAUCGCCCCGUUUGGACCAAGUGGAACAUCCGCGACGGGGAUCAAACAGCACUUACGCUAAUGUCAGCGUACAUGAACUUGAUACCCUUGAGGAACCAGACAUACUAGAACUGCAAAGUUGCUCUAACUCUUCACGAGCCAACAGAUUCAGCAUCGCAGGAUCAGACAUUCCAACAUUUGGAAGUGUCAAGAAGAGACGUUCUAAUGACUUCAGCACGUCAAUGAACUCUUCUAUGCCCGCAAGCAUGACUGGCAGUCUGAGUAGUAACUCUAGUAGCUCAUCACGUGCCCCUGGAAGGACUGUGAGGACCCUGUAUGAGUGCCAGGCAGAGAACGAUUCAGAGCUGUCCUUCAGUGCUAAUACCCUAAUCUACAAUGUGCGCCCUUCCAAGGAGCCACAUUGGCUGGAGGGGACAUUAGACGGCCGGAGCGGACUCCUCCCUGAGAACUAUGUGGAAUUCAUAGUUGAAUGACCACACCCACAAGCACCAUUCAACACUGUUUACAGGAUUUAUAACAGCUAAACGCAGCAGUUGUUUUGAACAUUUUAUCAAGUUCUGUUCUGAUGUCAUUUUAUAUUGGAUGCCACAGUUGGUAGAGUGGAGGUUUGCCAGUGCUCAGUGUGGUGUUUUAUACACUUGUUACAUCUAUUUUAGUUUGUCAGGAUGAGAGUGAUUGAGUGGCACUCUGAAGUUGUAGGACACAAUAAUCUAACAAGCAGUGAUGGACUCUAAUAGGUGGUCAUCUACUAAUGCUUUAUGCAGUUACAACAUGAAGCCUGGAAAACCUGGCUACAGUGAAACCCUGUUGGUCUGGAGUCAUGUUAAAUCUGGAAACAAGUCUUUCAACUGACUUGUUUUGAAACGUCUUCAUAAAAAGUCAAAAUGUUUGUACCUAUGAUUUUUAUAAGCUGGACAUUUGUGGCACCUAACAAUUUUGCUGACUAGGACUGUACACAUUAAAAGGGCUCAUGGUAUAUUGAUUUUGUGCACACAUUGUUGGUUAGUAAUCUGGACAUGUUACUGCCCUGGGUCUGGUUUGGGGACCAUCAAUGCAAACUAGCCCAGCCAUCACAGUGCUACUAGUCUGGGCCAUCAACUGCCAUUAGUUUGUAUACUAGUCCAGACCAUAUCUUCUAGUUCUGGUUCAUCUGUGAUGCUCCAUCAGUACACAUACUAGCCUGCAUAUACCUGUUCUACUAGCCCUGAGCCUUCUGUGAGGCUCCAUCAGUACACAUACUAGCCUGCACAUACAUGUUCUACUAGCCCUGAGCCUUCUGUGAGGCUCCAUCAGUACACAUACUAGCCUGCACAUACCUGUUCUACUAGCCCUGAGCCUUCUGUGAGGCUCCAUCAGUACACAUACUAGCCUGCACAUACCUGUUCUACUAGCCCUGAGCCUUCUGUGAGGCUCCAUCAGUACACAUACUAGCCUGCACA